AUGGCCCCAUCCUCCUCGUCCUUUUCCAUUCCGAAUGUGUUGUCAGAAUACGACCAGUUUGCCGACUAUGACCCACCGAUGCCGGCGUCGUACGGAUCCGAAACGUUCCCGCCGGCGCACUCCCACGCAUCUGGCCCGGGCCAUCACGCGCAUUCUCUUCCGGAAUCGCCCGGACGCUCGCCUGGACCGUCAUCUUCUAGGAGCUCUUUCUCUUAUGCGCAAGGUGGACAUGCUUCGAGCUCGCUGGGCCCAAGGAUCAAGAUGGAAAACGUUAACGACUAUGGAUCCGGAAUCGACGCCUCGCACUACGCCUCUCCCCGGUCGAUGCAGGCACCAUACAUGACGGAUUCAGGCCCGUACAGCGGCUCACAUCAACACUACCUGUCAGACACCCAGUCUCCAACUUGGUCCAAGGUCGAAUACGGCGCCGAGCAAUACUAUCAGAACCCGCCAGCAGGCGAUUCAGCCCCAAGUCAAGAGGGAAAGCGUGCAGAAGACACAAAGCACAGCCGCCCGAAGCGGGCGCCGCGGAAGAUGACAUCCUUUGCCGAUGCCCAAUACCAGUGUCAAGUCAAAGGAUGUGGCAAGCUCUUCAGCCGCAGCUACAACUACAAGGCACAUCUGGAUACACACGACGAGAAGCGGGAGUACCCUUUCCCCUGUCCCGUAGCCGACUGCAACAAGCGGUUUGUUCGCAAGACGGAUCUUCAGAGACACAACCAGAGCGUUCACAUGAAGGAGAAGAACCACAGGUGCGACUACUGUGGGCGACUCUUUGCUCGCAAGGACACGCUUCGCAGACACAUGGAGGACGGAUGCUCCAAACGCUUCGAUGUUGGCACCUGUGACCUGCGCGUCGAUGGCUACGAAGGCAUGGGGUCAGCCAGCCGCAGCAUGGGAACGCCGAUGCAUCCCAUGGGACCGGGGUCCGGUCCUCUCCCGCCCAUCACCAUGUCCAUGGGCAGCGGCAGUGGCCUAUUGCAUCCCGAAUCUUCUGCAAGCAGAGGUAGGAGCGUCAUGUCUGGGACAAGCGAUGGGGCACAUAGCGACAGCUGGCAACGAUGA